UCCUCCUUACGCAUUCUUAGUUGCUUUGAAAGGGACUAUAUAUCACAGCUUUCGUUAUCUCUCCAGAGGUACAGAGGCCUCUCUUUCUCUUGCUUUGUAAAUAAAGAGUUGUCUUGUUUAAGAAGCACAUACCAGCGAGCGUAAUGAUAAAAAGUCACCAGCCACAACAUUAGGUACAUAGACCUGCACAAUAUCGUACAAUUAUGUCACGCUGUAACUUAUGUACCACUUUUGCAUUAAAUAUGUGCAAACUGAUCAGGCAUUCAAUAAUACUAUUAUGCAUUUUAAAAAAUUAGUCUGCUCAUUUUUAUCACAUCUAAUGGAAGGAUGGUGCACCCCAUUUGGGACUCCUUCGCUCACACAGACUUACUCACAAAACACUUAGUGCUUAAAAACUACUCCACUGGGCUUCAGUCGAAGGCAAAAUCAUGGAUAGAAAAGCAAGGAUGUGGCAUCUCUAUACUCGUCACAGUCCACAGGGGGCAUAUUUGCAUGCUGUCAUCCAUCCAUCCAUUUUCCAUACCGCUUAUCCUCACAGGGUUCGCGGGCGUGCUGGAGCCUAUCCCAGCUAUCUUCGGCGAGAGGCGGUGUACACCCUGAACUUGUCGCCAGCCAAUCACAGGGCACAUAAACAAACAACCAUUCACACUCACAUUCACACCUAUGGCAAUUCAAAUCUUCAAUUAACCUACCAUGCAUGUUUUUGGGAUGUGGGAGGAAACCGGAGUACCCGGUGAAAACCCAUGCAGGCACAGGAAGAACAUGGAAACUCCGCCAAGGCGAGGCUGGAUUUGAACCCGGAUCCUCAGAGCUGUGAGUUGCAGGUAAAGUGUUUGUGUGUGGUUAUGUUCCUGAGCUUCCCACUGUCCAUGGCGGAGGUCCCUGGACCAUGCAGACACUCCAUUACUAGGGACCACCUGCUGAAACUCAAACAUCUGAUGGAUAACCAAUUGAGAAGCGGGUGCUCGAUAACCUACACAUUCAUAGAACAGAAAUCUUUGAGCAAGUGUUGCUUCGUGAAAGCUGCCUUACCCUGGAUAUUGGAGCUCCUCACCACUCACUUCAAAUAUAACAGGGGUUCGGUCAACUAUACCUAUGUUCAGUCUUUGAGAACACUCAUCCUCAACAUCUACUCCCAGAAAUGUGUUCCUCAGAUCAACGAGGAGGUUGAGGACAAGCCAGAGAGUUUUGAAGUGCUUUACAGAGGGUCUCCUGGAGAAGCGCUGCAGAAAGCUUCAAGGGUGCUGUCUGUUUAUCUGGAGCUGGUAACGAAGAGUGAUGCACCAAUGAACUGGAGUUGCCAGUAUGAAUACUCAAAGUUCUUGAGCUCAAGCACGGAGCAACCGAAAGUGUCCCCCACACAAGGUUGCACAGACAGUUAUGUUACGAGGUCAGUGAAGGCCUCUCAGAGAAGACCACUGAGAGACCUGUACAAGCUUGGCUUCAUCAUCACCUCCAUCUUCGGAGCACUACUGCUCCUAUUUAUUCUCUUCUGUCUAAUCACACAAAAGAGGCCCCUCUUCCGUCACAGAUUGGGAUCUUACAUGAGUUCUAGCAGAGACCAGCAAGGCUGAGAGAUGGAGCUACAAUAAUUGUUCUCCGACUGCAGUGGCAGAUCGAGCCAUCAUGAAGAUCUGCAUUUGAUCCGCAAACAACAAGAUUUCAAUGCAAUAAUUGGCCAUGCUGACUAAUUUAACUGGAAGCUUUGCUUUGACUAGAAGCAAAGACGGACCUUUGUUGAAUAAAUAUUUUGUGUAUAUUAUGUUUAUGCACCCUAUUACAAAUAUAUUUCAAGUCCACUAAGAGUAUUUCUCCACUACACAUGUAUGUUGACUAACGUAUCUCUGUUUAUCACCUAAUCAACUGUUUAUGUUACGUCAAAAAGUUAUUUAUUAGUUGGAUUCUAUCCAAUUUCAUUAUAAUAAAAGUUCCAAACGGUAUAUGUGAACUGUUCCUAAUGGUCUACAGCUUUAUAGCCACUAAAUCAUUCAUACAUCAACAACAAAUGAAAUCACAUUUAUUGAGCAAGUAAUUCCUUCAUUAUACCCUUUAAAUAUUUUACAGCCUAAUUCUUGUUUGACUCCCCAUUUUAUGAGGAGUCCAAAAUAACUUAAAGAUUCAUCGCACAGCACCAUAAUUUUGUCAUUGCUUGCAUUGCUUAUCAAUGUUUAAACCCAGGAUGUUGAACAAAGAAAAAAAAAUUCCUGUUUUAUUAGAGACGUGCCUUUACAUGAACCCUGGAAAAUAUUCUGCUAUUGGGUAGAAACACUCGUGGGGGUAGAAAGGGUUCUGAGUCUGACCUUGAAAGGAAUUGGAGAAUUCCCACAUUCAAGUAUGACAAGAUUCUGUGUGAGCGAGCAAAGGACAGGGAUGGGAAAACAUGCUCCUGACCUGCAGCUUCUGAAGAAACCUGAGAUGUGCAAUAUAAUAUCAUUUACAUCAUUCAUUUCAUAUCUUGCAUCUUAUCACUUCUUGCUGUUUCCCAGUAGACAAUUUAUCCCAUGACAUUCCUCUGUUAUCAACUUUCCCCCAAAAGUGAAAUAUUUGUGCAUUUUUUUUCUAAUUCCUUUUUUCCCAAUAAUAAUAACAGUUCUCUGACUCAUCAGACCCAAAGUAAAUGUUUUAACAUCUCUGAGUGAUAAAAUACAUGGUGGUGAAAAAUAUUUUCCUUAAGUUAAGGUAGAAUUUAAAAACUUGCUAGUAUUUACCUGUGUAGUCGUCUGGCCUUAUGAUAUACAGUAACAUGGUUGCAUCGAGGCUGAAGGAGUUCAUAAACUGAAUUCAAUAAAGUCAGCCAAAAAGAAUCUAAAUUAACAUGCACUUCCACUCACUGCUACUGAACACUUCUAAAGCACCUCUGCCAUGCUUUUCUGAGACAUAAUACCAAAAAUGAUUUCAUCACUAGGCGGCACGGUGCACGACUGUUUAGCACACUGCCUCAGACUUCUGAGGACCUGGGGUUCAAAUCCGGCCAUGACUGUGUGGAGUUCAUAUGUUUUUUCCAGGUACUCCAGUUACCUCCCACAUUCCAAAAACAUGCAUGGUAGGUUGAUUGAAAAUUCUAAAUUUGGCUGGCGACCAGUUCAGGGUGGAUGGAUGGAUUUUAUCACUUAAUUAAUUUGGUGUAUUGGCAGUGUUGUUUUACACAUGAAUAUCACAUGCACGUAUCGGCCACAAAAUUCGCUACAAGUGCACAGUUAAAUCGGAUCAAACACAAGAGCUGCAUCAGAAAUUCUGUCUUUACAAAGAGAGAAAUAUUCACUAAAAUGUUAAAUGAAACAAUAUAAUGAACAUAUAUUAUUCAGUGCAACUACAGGCUUUAUACUAAACAUACUGUUAAAUAAAUAUCUCUCAAUACUGACCAUUAUUAUCUCAUUAAUAGCAUAUUUUGUAUUGGAUCUCAUUAGAUUGUGGAGGUGUACCUAAUGUUGUGGCUCUGAAUAUACAGCAUGUUAGUGAGGUGACCCAUCAUAUAAGAAAAAAACUAUCAAAUUUCAACAUUAAAUUCCAAAAAUAUAUUUUCUAACCAACAGCAAAUAUCCGGUGGCCCCGGGCACCCAGGUGGAGGUUGACACAAACCACAGGAAAAAAAAUAAUAGAUUUUUUCUGACAAUGUCAUGGCGCAAGGCUUCUGUGACUGUCAUAAAAGAGUCAUGGUCGAGUACUUAGCCUGCAUGUGACACUUGAGAUUACACAGCUGUGGUAUUUCCUGUUGUCGAACACUGGAACUUUCCAGUCUUUGGAACAAAAAUAAAAGACCGCACAAAGAAUGUGUAACAGCCUGAAUAAAGGGAGAUGAAAUUGCAACAUACUGCCAAUUUCUUUUUGUCUUGA